AUGUCUUCCAAAACUAAAGCAGAGGAUGAGCAAUCGUGGGAAUCACCGUUUCUGAUUAUGUUACUUCCGGAAGAAGUCAUCGUGGACAUCAUAGCGCGUGUACGGAGAUGCGACUAUCCAGCACUCUCCCUCGUUUCUAAGCACUUCCGGUCACUUGUUGACUCGUCUGAGCUAUACGUGAGACGAUCCUUGUUGGGCUGCACCGAACACUGUCUCUAUGUUCUCCUCCGUAACACCAAGACCUGGGAAAUACGUUGGUAUAUUCUCAACAACAAUCGUCGGUUGGUCCCUAUCCCUUGGCUUCCCGAUAUGCUUAGCUGUAGAAGUUUUAUUGCCGUGGGCUCCAAGAUAUAUGUGUUUGGUGAGAUUGAUAACCAUCGCUUGUGUAAAUUAAGCAUCGACUGUAGAUCUCACAAGGUGCAAACCCUCCCCAGCAUGCCUAUACCUUUUGCUGCUACAGUCGCUGGCAUAAUACUGUAG